AUGAGUUUUGCAAUCUUUCGGAGGAUACUACAACGUUCAGAGGUACCUCUUAAGGAAUCAAAUGAAAUAGCUGAUUUGGUCCGACAAAAACAAUUCUGUAACGUCGGACGCGUGCCGGAGCUACCUACCGGAGUAGCUAUGGCUUUAGCGGCACCGGGACAGUUGAAUACAACAGAAUCUCCAGCAUGGGGAUCCCGAAGUGUUGACUGUUUCGAGAAAUUGGAACAGAUCGGUGAAGGAACUUACGGUCAAGUAUACAUGGCUAGAGAAAUCAGAACAGGUGAAAUUGUUGCUCUGAAGAGGAUACGAAUGGACAAUGAGAGGGAGGGUUUUCCCAUAACUGCCAUUCGUGAGAUCAAAAUUCUAAAGAAGCUGCAUCAUGAGAAUGUCAUAAAGCUUAAAGAGAUUGUUACUUCUCCAGGUCCUGAGAAAGAUGACCAAGGGAGACCAGAUGGUAAUAAAUACAAGGGGGGAAUUUACAUGGUUUUUGAGUACAUGGAUCAUGAUCUAACUGGCCUUGCUGAUCGCCCUGGGAUGAGGUUUUCUGUUGCACAGAUCAAGUGUUAUAUGAGACAGCUUUUGACAGGCCUUCACUACUGUCAUGUAAAUCAAGUACUUCAUCGUGACAUCAAAGGUUCUAACCUUUUAAUAGACAACGAAGGGAAUUUGAAGCUAGCAGAUUUUGGGCUUGCCCGUUCAUUUUCAAAUGAUCACAAUGGGAAUCUUACAAAUCGUGUCAUCACUUUAUGGUAUAGACCACCGGAGUUGCUACUGGGGACCACAAAGUAUGGCCCAGCUGUGGAUAUGUGGUCAGUUGGGUGUAUUUUUGCUGAGCUUCUUCAUGGGAAACCAAUUUUCCCUGGUAAAGAUGAGCCGGAGCAACUAAGUAAAAUCUUUGAACUGUGUGGGGCCCCCGAUGAGAAUAACUGGCCUGGCGUUUCUAAAAUUCCUUGGUACAACAACUUCAAGCCCACAAGACCUAUAAAAAGGCGUCUUCGAGAUGUCUUCAGACACUUUGACCGAAAUGCUUUGGAGUUGCUUGAGAAAAUGCUAACUCUUGAUCCUUCUCAGAGAAUAUCAGCCAAGGAUGCACUUGAUGCAGAGUAUUUCUGGAUCGAUCCAUUACCUUGUGAUCCAAAGAGUUUACCAAAAUAUGAAUCUUCACAUGAGUUUCAAACCAAGAAAAAGCGACAGCAACAAAGACAACAAGACGAAGCAGCAAAGCGUCAAAAAAUCCAACACCAACAACAGCAGCAGCAUUCACGAUUGCCGCCACCAAUGCAGCAGCAGAUGAGGCCAGGACCGCCAGCUGUACCACCCAUGCAUGGUGGUGGUCAGCCUCAGCUCGUGGCGGCAGGAGGAGGCGGUCCUGGCCACCAUUACGGGAAGCCUCGUGGUGGUCCUUCUGCCGGAUCAAGCAGGUACCCGCAGGGUGGCGGCAACCCUUCCGCCGGAUACAACCACCACCCUAACCGUGGCGGCGGUGGCCCGUACCCUCCUCCUCCUCAAGGUUAUGGUCGGGGUGGUGGUGGUGGUGGUGGGACUAGCGGCUAUGGGGUCGGCCCACCGAAUUAUUCUCAGGGAGGCGGUGGACGUGGUGGUGCAAUGGGAGGGAAUCGUGGCCAACAGUAUAAUAAUAAUAAUACUUGGCAAUAGUUUGAUUUUGGAUUUUUGAUUGGGAGGAAAAAGCGACUGUAAAUCUUCUUAUAUAAUAUAAUGAGAACAUAUAGAUACCUACAAAACAAUAAGAACAUGAAUCCAGUUAAAGAAACAUAGUUCCUGUUGCAUGGAUUUGUUGUAUCUUAAAGUUGAAGGGUCUAUGCAAAAUGCCAAGUGAAUUGGGC